AUGGGACAUGACGAUGAUGCAUUUCUUUAUCAAAUUGAUGAAAAAAUUCUUUGUUACCAUGGACCUAUUAUAUACGAAGCCAAGAUCAUAAAGACCGAAUAUUUGAAAGAACAGGGUCCAUAUUAUUUAGUACAUUAUAUAGGGUGGAAACAAACCUGGGAUGAAUGGGUACCUCAAUACCGCGUGUUAAAAUAUAAUGAAGAAAAUCUAAAAAAGCAACAGCAGAUCAUGGGUCCCGUGGAAAAGAAGAGUAAACCUGCAAUUAAAAAAAAAGCUGGGGUCGAUGAAAAAGGCGAAAAAGGAAAAAAAAGGAAAAGGGAUCAUUCUUUGAAUAAUGAUGAUGGCAUUAAAAAGUCAAAGAUCAUAAUUGAUUUACCUGAAGCGCUCAGAGCUUUCAUGGUCCAUGAUAGUAAUAAUAUAAAGUCACGAAUGUUUGUACCACUGCCACGAAAACCUACGGUUUCCGAUAUUAUUAACGACUAUCGAGCAUGGAGGUGUGAGAAAUAUGGCAAUAAAGACAGUUGUCAUGCAGAAGAAAUUAUUAUGGGUGUUCAUUUUUAUUUUAACAGAUGUUUGGGUACUCGUCUUUUGUAUCAAUUGGAGAGACAUCAGUACAAAGAGAUGCGUGAAAAGUUUAAACAUCUGGACAAUUCUCAAAUUUACGGAGCUGAACACUUGUUAAGAUUAUUUGGCAAGUGGGAUAGUCUUAUUUAUAUUGUCUGA